AUGCAGCCGCGACAGUCAAUGCAGCAGCAAGGUUCGUCGUGCCAUCGCAGAAGGUCGGAGACCCACGCCGCGCCGCAGCAUGGCAGCAGCAGCAGCGCUUGGUGCAGCAGCAGCAGCAGCUGCUGCUGCUGCGGCACUUCCGGCUUCGCCCACGGUGAGACGCUCCAGGAGCAGCAGCAAGAGCAACAGCAGCAGCAGCAGCAGCAGCAGCAGCAGCAGCAGCAGCGGCAGCAGCGGCAAUGCCACAUGCAUCCAAGACACAUGCACUGGACAGACAGUGCAGCAGCUGCUGAGGCCCCCCCAGACGUCUGCCGCACAGCAGCAGCAGCAGCAGCAGCAGCAGCUGCUGCUGCUGCUGGACCCAUGAACGCCAGCCUUCUAGAGACUCUGCAGCAGCGCGCCCAUGAACUUUCCACCCUGCUGUCUUGGGGUGCUGCAGAGCACCAGGAGUUGCUGCUGCUGCUGCAGCAGCAGCAGCAGCAAUGCGAGCUGAGGCUUCAGCAGCAGCAGCAGCAGGCAGAGGCCCUGAAGCAGCAGCAACACUGUAAGUUCGCGCUGCAGCAGCAGCGGCUGCAGCGCGCCUAUGCUGCACUGCAGCAGGACUUCGAAGCGAACUACCGGCUGUUUGCAGAAGCAGCAGCAGAGCAGCAGCAGCAGCAGCAACAGCUGGAAGCAGCGCUCAAUGGAGCGCGGCAAAAGCUGCAGCAGCAGCAGCAGCUGGAAGCAGCUCUCAAGGAGGUGCAGCAGCAGCUGCAGCAGCAAGCUAGCGAGGCGGAGGAGCUGCGGCGCAGCAACUCGCAGCUGCAGCAGCAGAAUGCCAGCUUGGAGCAGCAGCUGCUGCAGCAACAGCAGCAGCACCAGCAGCAGACACAGGAGCUGCAGCAAGAACUGGAGCAGCAGCAGCUGCAGCAGGAGAAGCUGAAGCAGGCCUGCGAGCGCGAGGCUUCGCUGAAGCGGAAGGCCCUGCUGCAGCUGCAGGAAGCAACAGCAGCAGCAGCAGCAGCAGCGGAGCAGCAGCAGCAGCACCACCAGCACGUGCUAGAAAGCAUACAGAAAAGGUGUGCUGCAGAGGUUGAACGGGAAGCUGCAGCAGCUGCUGCAGCACGGCAGCAGCAGCAGCUGCUGCAGCAGCAGCUUGCGGCUCUGAACGACGGGGCAACGAAGUCGCUGACAGCAGCAGCAGCAGCAGCAGCAGAAACAGCAGCAGCAGAAACAGCAGCAGCAGCACCAGAGAAGACAAACAAGAUGUGCGGGGAGUGCGAGCGACUGCAAGAGGAAAUGCAGCAGCAGCAGCAGCAGCUGCGAAAGCAGCAGCAGCUGCUGCACGAGGAGACUGCAGCACGCAUGCACGCAGAAGCAGCCCUCAGCAGCAGACAGGAGACAGUGCAGCACCAGCAAGUUUUGCUGCUGCAGCAGCAGGUCCUCAUUCAGCAGCUAGAGCAGCAGCUGCUGCCGGACCGGCUGCACGCGACAAGCGGGAGCAGCAGCAGCAACAGCAGCGGCAGCAGCUGCAGCAGCCGCAGCCGCAGCAGCAGCAGCAGCAGCAGCAGCAGCAAGGCACUAAGCGGAGGCCCGGGAGCAUCUCGCAUUGCAGCAGCAGCUGCUGCCUCUGCAAGCGGUCAGCAGCAAGGCAGCGCAGAAGCAGCAGCGAUGCCACCCUCUGCACAGCAGCAGCAGCAGCAGCAGCAGCAGCAGCAAAGAGAGCAACAAGAGCUGCAGCAACAGCUUCGGGAAGCCACUAGUGUGGUAUUGCUGCUGUUGCGACAGCUCGAUGAAGGCAGUGAGCAGCAGCAGCAGCAGCAGCAGCAGCAGCAGCAGAAUAUUGUCCUGCUGGCUAAAGCUGUUGAACAGCGGCUGCGGCAUUUGCUGCAGCAACGCGAAGACCAGCAGCAGCAGCUGCAGCAGCAGCAGCAGCUGCUGCUGCACCAAGCAGAGCAGCUACAGCAGCAGCAAACGCUGCAUGCAUCGCACCUUGCUGCGCAGCAAGCAGAGCACGAACAGGCGUUGCUGCGGCUGCAGCAAGACAUGCAUCAGCAGCUGGAGGCCCUUUCAAGACAGCUUUCGAGCAAGGAAAGGGAAAUUGUACAGGCAGAUGACCGGCUGAAGCGAGCGGAGUCGCAGCUGCUGCUGCAGCAGCAGCAGCAGCAGCAGCAGCAGCAGGGAUCCGCAGCCCGAACGCCAGAAGCAACGAGGAGCGCUUGGGAGACGACCUGGAGCCGCACCAGCAGCAAAGGCAGCAGAAGUGAAUCUGCUGCUGCUGCUGCUGCAGCAGCAGCAGAUGCUGCAGCAGGCACCAGGCGCAGCUGCUCGCUGCAGUUCCACCGCAGCAGCAGCAAAAGCAGCAGCAACAGCAGCAGCGAAAGCAGAAGCAGCAGCCCAGAACUUGGCAGUCGGCGCCGCGCUCGCCGCAAACCGGGCCGAAGGCAACAACAACAACAGCAGCAGCAGCAGCAGCAGCAGCAGCAGCAGCAGCAGCUGCAGCAGCAGCAGCAGCAGCAGCAGCUGCAGCAGCAGCAGCAGCAGCAGAUAGAAGCACAGACAGCUGAACUUGACAGGUACCGAAGGGCGUUUAGCACCAUGAGGCAGCACGCAGAGGCGAUGCAGCAGCAGCACCAACUGCAGCUGCAGCGAAAGACGGAGUCUUUAGUCGCGCUGCAGCAGCAGCUGCAGCAGCUGCAGCAGCAGCAGCAGCAGCAGCAGCAACAGGAGCACCAGCAGCAGCAGGCACUGCAGAAAGCAGAAAAACAGGCCGAAGCCUUGCGAGAGGAGGUAAAUGCCCUAAGGGCCGCCAUUGAAGACUUGCAGGAGGAAAGAGCUUUGCUGCUGGACGUGUCCAACCGGCUGCAUUUUGCUUCGUUGCUGCGAAAGCCCUCGUCAGCAGCAGCUGUGGCUGCAGCGCAGCUAACGCAGCAGCAGCAGCAGCAGCAGCGGGAGCAGCAGCAGCAGCAGCAGCAAACGGUGCUCGGGGUACAGGGCACGCAUACGGGACCAGCAGCAGCAGCAGCAGCAGCAACUGCAGCAGCAGCAGCCGCAGCACAAAGCGUCAAACGCCUUCCCAGCACAGCCCCUGCAGCUUCUCUGCGAGGGACGCGGAGGCAGGUAACAGCAAGGGCGCGGCUGCGCCAGCAGCAGCAGCAGCUGCAGCAGCAGCAGCAGCAGCAGCAGCUGCCGCAGCAGCAGCAGCUGCAGCAGCAACAGCAGCUGCAGCAGCAGCAGCUGCUGCUUAGAAGAGGGAGCUGCAGCAGCGCAGCCGACACGCCUUUGCGGUGGAUACUGGAGAAGACGGUGGGGGCGGUGCGAGUUGCUGCUGCUGCUGCUGCUGCUGCUGCUGCUGCUGCUGCUGCUGGUCCACUUUUUUUAUCUUGA